ACGACAAAGAAACUGUUCAGAAUUUUGGGCACGUUCUCCGUUAUUUCUUCAGCUAGGAAAUAUUCCUGUAGUUCAGAAGAAAUUGGACAGAAAGAUUUGCAGUACUGAUGUGCUACAUCAUAGAUUUAAGCUGCUUGGCUGAACUCGGACAAGUAAAAUGAAGGACCAUGUGCCAAAAAUACCUCAUAAGCUAAUGAUAUGUUUGCUGGCUAACAUCUGAGAUUCAUCAUGAAGUGUUUAGUUCUAUUAGCAAUCUCUCUUGGAAUUUCAUUAGCCUGGCCAGCUGGCAAACAAGAAUUUGAUGCACUAGAAGAUCCAAGCUGGAAGGUGUGGAAAUCAUUCCACAAUAAAGAGUAUGAAAAUGUUGAUGAAGAGAGAAUACGCAACUUCAUCUGGCAAGAUAACUUGAAGAGGAUUGUCUCUCACAACCAGGCUCACAAAUACAAACUAGCUAUGAAUCACCUUGGAGACUUGACAUCUCGUGAAGUAAAGGAAUUGUUGAAUGGUUUCAAGAUGAAGAAGAGUUCAACAGGCUCUAAAGAAAAGUCCCCCACAUUUCUGGCACCAUCAAAUUUGAAGGUUCCUGACUCUGUUGACUGGAGAAAGGAGGGUUAUGUUACACCUGUUAAAAACCAAGGGCAUUGUGGAUCUUGCUGGGCAUUCAGCACAACUGGAGCUCUGGAAGGACAGCACUUUAGGAAGACUGGAAAACUUGUCUCUCUCAGUGAACAGAAUCUGGUUGAUUGUUCAUCAGCAUUUGGUAACAAUGGUUGUCAUGGUGGUUUGAUGGACAACGCUUUUAAGUACAUCAAAAGCAAUGAUGGAGUUGACACAGAAAUUUCCUACCCUUAUCAAGCACAGGUCGGCACUUGUCACUUUAACGUUUCUGAUGUUGGUGCAACAGACACUGGUUAUAUGGAUAUCACAUCUGGUGAUGAAUCUGCCCUACAAGCUGCUUCAGCAUCAGUUGGUCCCAUCUCAGUAGCAAUUGAUGCCAGCCAUAGCUCAUUUCAUUUUUAUCACUCAGGGGUUUAUGAUGACCCUUCUUGUAGUAGCACUGAACUUGAUCAUGGUGUCCUUGUGGUGGGAUAUGGAAAUGAGGAUGGACAGGACUACUGGCUGAUUAAGAACAGUUGGGGGACAGCAUGGGGAGAGGAGGGCUUCAUCAAAAUUGCUCGAAACCAGAACAACAAAUGUGGAGUUGCAACCGCAGCAAGCUACCCCUUGGUUUAGGAUGAGCUGCUGAUGAUGGUGUGAUAGGAAAUGCAGCAAAUUCAGGCUAUUAAAAGAAAUAUAUUGCUUUAUAAUUACUGUAAAUUAAUUUGGUUUUCAUAUUUGUAAGAUAAUCAGAGCAAAAUAUUCUCACCAAAUUUAAAAAAUUUCUCUUAUUGUUGAUAUA